AUGAAUCUUUCGGAUCUUACACCACUAGCUGCACAGAAUUUGGAGCGACCGCAUCAACGAGUCUACUUAUCAGUAUGCCUUACCUAUCUCGCCUGCGCGAUCGUCGCUGUCAUGAUCGUAUCCAUGUUCCUAAAUGCACUGCACAAAGAUAUUGUAAACAGGAGCAAAGCACCUCGCUUUGAUGCAGAUGUACUAAAGCAAACAUUUACAAACUUCAAGAAUCCGAAGAUACUUCUCCUGGUGCCACUGACCGUUUUCAAUGGUGUGGAACAGGCUUUUGUGGCUGGUAUUUUCACCAAGAAACCUCAUCAGUCCCGAUUUGCCUGGGCACUACCUUCAAAGAUCGUGAUACCCAAAAAUCAGUUAUAUAGAACAUGGAAAAAGUCUUCUGCUUCUGUUCUACUUUGUAAAUGUUCAAAUAUAUUAGAUAUUCUGAAAGCGUUGUCGAAAAGUAUCCUAACACCAUGGUCUGAGAGCUUAUGUUGUAUUAUGUCUUAUGUUGCAUCCAACCGAGCAAAAGCCUUUGUUGGUUGUGGACUGGGUGUAUCACAAAUCGGUUUCGUCUGCACUGCUUUCGGAGUGUCAGAUGCAAUAUGUAGCCUGUUCUUUGGCCCACUGAUCAAGCUUUUUGGACGAAUGCCCUUGUUUGUUUUUGGAGCUGUGAACAACAUGCUGAUGAUUGUUACCCUUAUGAUCUGGCCAUUGAACCCAGCAGACAAAGCUAUUCUCUAUGUCUCGGGUAGUGUCUGGGGAAUGGCUGAUGCGGUAUGGAACACACAAAUCAAUGGUGAGGGUUUAUUAGCAAAUUUUGAUUCUUGAAA